AGUUUGAUCUUUGAAAUCUUUUUUCUCUCUCUCAGUUAUGUUUUGAUGGUGUGUUGUAAGGCACUUCCGCCGGUGUAAAUUUUAUUUUUCUGCACAAACAGAGAAAGACAGAAUAUUCAACAAGACUGGUAAAAGAAAAUGUGACAUCUCCAGACUGGGUUCUAUGUCUGACAGUAUCACAGUCUGUCACUGUGUGACAAGGACAGACUGGUUACCUGAUGCUGAAGAUUUUACAGACUGGUUCACUGAUGUGCAAAACUUUUAAAGGCUGGUUGCUGAUAUGCAAGGGUUAAAUGACUGGAUAAAGGAUGAGGUUUUCCAAGUUGUGGAAAUAAAAUGUUUUUACAAAGGGGGUUUUGGUCAGAGUGACAAUACAUCAGCAAUUUGCCACCAUCUGCCUACAGGGAUUACAGUUUUUGCAAACAUUUCUGAUAUGAUCUGACAUUUGACCAACUCUGGAUUUGUGGAAUCUAACCCAAAGAAAAUCCAGAGAGAAUGGCAAAUGUUGCAGUUACCCCACAGUCAAGCAACAAUGGAACAAGCUUCGAGCAACAGCACGUGCAGCAUGUGUACGAGGAAAUUGCGGCCAGCAUGAACGAUAUUCAACAUAAAGCAUGGCCAAAUGUGAAACGGUUCCUGAAAAAGUUCCCGCCUGGUUCUCUGAUAGCUGAUGUUGGUUGUGGUAACGGCAGGUACUUGAAUAUCAACAAAUCUACAUACAAAGUUGGUGUGGAUGUUUGUUCAGGGCUUGUAAACAAUGCCAGAACUAAAGGUUACGAAGUUGGUUAUGCAGACAACUUGAAUCUCCCCUUUCGAGAUGGUACUUUAGAUGGAGUGGUCUCCAUUGGUGUAAUACAUCAUUUCUGUUCAGUUGAGAGACGUAUCAAAGCACUACGAGAGCUAGCUCGGGUCCUGAGGCCUGGUGGCAAACUGAUGUUGUAUGUCUGGGCAUUUGAGCAAAAACAUCGAAAAUUUGACAGUCAGGAUGUACUGAUUCCAUGGAGGGGUAGUAGUAAGAUCCGACCAGUACGCACAGGUUCCUCUUCAUCAUUUGGAAUGUCCAGCACUAGCUCAAUCAGUGAGGAUGAAUCAGUGGUCCAGUCUACAGAGGCGAGUGAACAGCAAAGCAGUCAAAAUUCCCAACAGGCAUUGCGGCGUCAGAGUUCACUCAGUGCAGAUGAUGUCACAGCUUUACUUGAGCUCAAUGAGUUUAAACCAAAUUAUUAUUCCCUGGACUUCAGUGUCAGUCCGCAGCACACAAAUAAAGAAGGCAGUGAUAGUGAGCAAAUAUAUGUGUGGAAUAAGGGUGGUUUAAGAAAAGAGCAUAGUAAGACGAAAACAAACAAAAUAAUCAGUGAGUGCCGGAAAUUUGAGGCCUCAUUACGAGCCAUGUCAUCAGGUAGUUUAGAUCUGAUGGAAUCUAAAUGCAAGGAUGAGCAGUCAGUGAUGAGAAUAAAAGAAACUAAACAAGGUAUAAAAAAUGAUGGAAUUGAGAAUGUGAACUGCACUGCAAGUGAUAUUGACUUGACUGGAACAGAGAGUAUGAAUGGGAUUGUAGAUGAAAAAGAAUUGGGGAUUGCACUUGAUUGGAAUGUUGGGGAUCUGGAAACUGAUGAUUUUGAAACAGAAAUUCCAAAUCCUUGUACAAUUUGUGACACUGAUUUUAAUGAAAAUGGCUUAAAUGGUGAAAAGAUUGAGAAUAAUGGACAAAACAUUGUUGGUACAGAAAAUGACACAAAACUUUUACAUUCUACCACAAACAUCAGACGGCAAAAUCAUUUUGAAAGAACAUAUCAUCCAAAAGUAAAUCCUUUUAUGAAACAAGAUUCCUUGGAUCCAUACACAUUCAAUAAUGUCCUAUGCAGAGAUAGUAACAUUAAUAUUGAUAAAGGAAGUGCUGAGGUUGUCAGCACAAUCCAGGAGGAUUCUCAGGAUGUCUGUGUAGAAUUUAAACCUUGCUUGCAAAGUAAAGGUGCCCAAAAAAAGGAGAGGUCUUUCUUCAAUGCAGUAAAAUCAAAACUGUUGGAAAUAUUUGAUGAUAAGGAUGAAAAGACACGAAAAAAGAAAAAUAGUGUGCCGGAAAAGUUGAACAUAGCCACAAACCAUGUGAGACAUCCAGAAAGUCUGUUAUCCAGUGAGCAACUUGACCUUGCUUCAAAGUUAAACUUCAAGGUCAGGGAGUUUCCACUCAGUAGCUGUCUGGAUGUAGUGAAAGAGGACAAGAUUUCUCCUAGAGGAAAUCUUCUGUCGGACAGUGGCAUAGACCUGGAUAAUGAUAACUCUACAUUGGUGACUGGAGCAAGGAACCAGCUGAAGGAAAAUCGUCUAUCAGGAACCAGGGAAACAACAUCUUUGGAGGGAAAACUUUUUACAGAAAUGUGCAACGAAAUCUCACGUGACAGGUGCCAUAGUGAAAGUGCACUUCUUAAUGGAAUUUACGAUGGUUACAUAAAAAUUGAUAUCGACAGAUUGUAUGAGAAUGGUGAUAUUGGGUUAAACGAUUUUCACGGUAGUGCCUUACAGAAAAAUAUUGGAGAUGUCAAACAAGAACACGAUGGAGAGAUAUCUGAUCAUGAUUUUGAUGGCGAUGUUAAUAAUUUGCAAAAAGAAAGUUUGGUUGUAACACAAAAAUUGUCAACUGAAAAAUACAGUCUGACAAAGCAACAUUCAGAGAACUGUAUUACUUCCAGUGAGAAUGGUAGGUUACAGGAAAACUGUAAAGAAUUGAUAGAAGAUAGUCUGUCAAACAGGGAGUCGUUACCAUCAGAGCGAACUUGCAGAAUUGGAGAAAGCAGUAGAGAGGUAUGUGCAGAGCAAAAUGGGAGUACAGUGGCUGAAGUUAAAGAUGACUCAGUAUUUGAUUUAGAGGAUGAAGAAAUGUCGUCAAAAUUAUGUAGAUAUUAUCACGUCUUUCGAAAGGGUGAAAUCGAGACAUUGAUCUCAAAACAUAUACCUGACUUACAUAUCGUGCAAUGCUUUUACGAUCAUGCAAACUGGUGCAUUAUUACUGAGAAAUUGUAGAGAGGUAUUAGCAACACUUUGAUAUAGUUGGAUGCAAAACAUCUUCAUGUAGGACUGUCAUUUAUUUAUUGAAAAGAAGUAUAUGUGACUUUGUGUGAAAAUGGCUCCUGUCAGUGAAUAAAGAUAUUUAGCUGUGUAGACCCUUUAUAUGCCCCCUUCCACUAAAAUGGCCCUGAAUUACUCCAAGUAUAUUUUAUAUUAUUGGGUAUUUUAGCCAAAACAAGUAUAGGCAAUAGUAAAAUAUAAAAGUGAAAUUUUUAAAAUUUCGACACCUGGAAAGAUUCAUAAUCAAGAAUUAAUUCAUAUUUUUUGGUCUCUCAUUCAAUAAUUAUAUAUUUUUAUGUUAUAUUUCCUUUUUCAGCUGAAAAUGCCACACCAGGGGUAUUUCUGCAAAGUUUUUUUUUCGCACUAACAAGUAUUUUCAGAGGACUUUUACAUUACUCAUACAGUUGAAGAUCUAAACUGUUGGUAACUAUUUUUCUCUCUAUUUGGAUUUCUCCCAAUGACCUAGUGGGUAGUCACAAAGUCACAUUAUAUACCCUUUUUACAAUAACAUAUUAAUAGACAGAUUUUAGUAAUAUAUCAAUACAAAGUUAACCUUUAGCCUGCUAUAUUUCAGAAAUGGACUGUCAUUCAAUUUGGGCAUUAUCACAUCAUUCAAGGUGGUGUUCACUGAAAAUUUACUAACUGAAUAGCGAACAGUGGAACAGUGCGCACUAGUUAAAAUCAGCAAAGGUAAAAUCACUUGCCACAAGCAGGCUAAAGGUUAAGUUGGGAGAAAGUUGAACUUUAUUAUUGUAACUUUGAGAUACCGUGUUUUAUGACAAUGGAGGAAAUUCUAGCACUUCUGUAACGUCAGAUUUUCCUAUGAAAAAAAAUGUUAACAAUAUAUUACCUUUUCAGUUUUAUGAUCGCAACACCUGCAUGUUAAUUUGUUUUUGACUCCGUUAAAUUGUCAUUUCUCUUGUAAAGCAAUUUUACAGUGACAGCACUAGUUUUAUGCAUAGAUAGGAGAGAUACUACCUGUAAAACAUUGCAUUGUGAUUGCCAAAGCAUUAAUUUCUAUGAACAUAAAUCACAAAUCUAGUCACAAAUCUUCUAGUAAACAUUCUGUUUCCAUAUAUAGUUUCCACAUGUCCUUGAUAAUCAGUGUUAAAUGGUGCUAUUUUUAGCUUAUUGUGAAAUUAUUAUAUCCUGUUAGAAACUUGUUUCCUUGGAGAUGAAUCCAUGAGAAUGUUGAUAUACACCAUUAAUGAUUUGUUUUAGCUUUUUGUAUUCAAGCCAAAUCAUUGAAGAUAUGUGAGACUAUUUGAGCCGUGCCAUGGGAAAACCAACAUAGUGGCUUUGCGACCAGCAUGGAUCCAGACCUGCCUGCGCAUCCGCGCAGUCUGGUCAGGAUCCAUGCUGUUUGCUAACAGUUUCUCCAAUUCCAAUAGGCUUUAAAAGCGAACAGCAUGGAGCCUGACCAGACUGCGCGGAUGCGCAGGCUGGUCUGGAUCCAUGCUGGUCGCAAACCCACUAUGUUGGUUUUCUCAUGGCACGGCUCAUUUUAUGAUGAUUUCUUAGUUCCGUCAAUUUUCGAAAUAAAAAUUACAAUUAAAAAAUAGAAUUCCCAUAGCUUUUAUCUUUGAAUUUAAAAUUCAUGAAUUAAUGUUAUGCCAACAAAAUGAUUAGAAUUUACAUAAGGUAAAUAAUUGGGGCCUUUCUGUGGUUUAUCAUCUGAUAUACAAUGGUUCUGAGUUAGAUGCAAUUAAAUAUAACCACAAUGGCAUUAACGAUGAACCAUGGUGUGUACAGGGAUAAACCAUAUGAAUUAAGGUACAUGAUUAAUUGCAUUCCAAAAAAUAUUUCUCCAGUCACAAAAAGAAAGCUCCCUGUAUUCAAUAAGAGCUGUAGUAGCAUUAUGAAUUUAUACAAAUAUCUAGAGACAUUUUUUCCCCCAUAAUCUAAUAAUAAAUGGAACAUACUAUUGUUUUGUUGACAAAAGUAAACAUAAUCGUCUGAAUCCGAAUUUUAUACUUUUUCUCCAUUUUUAUUGGACAGAUUUUUUUGUUGUUGUUUUUUUUUCAUCAUUUUUUAAAUCAGUCUGUAAAGCGAAAAGUCGGUCCAAAAUGAACAAACUAGCAUAUUUCCCAAGCCCUGAUAGAGAUUAUUAUGGAUAUUUUGUCAUCAUUUCUUCAUUUUGAAAAAUUGUAAAAAAUGUACAAUGCAGCUUGCUUCACCCUUCAAUUCUGUUAUAUCAAAUGGGUCUGAUUUGGAAUCUCCCAAGUUCAGUUUCAACUCUGUCAUAAAUGACUUGCAGUAGAAUUAUUAUAUCGCUGUUUUAGAUAAUUAAGUUAUUUAUUGUGAUUGCAUUUUAUAUUGUGAUAAUAGUUAUUCCAUUUUCAAAUAGAUUUUGUCUUGUAUAUUAUGGGUUUUGCAGAAGUAAGAUGUAGUUUGUUUGUGCCAGUAAGAAGAUAUUGUACAUCCACAGUUUGAUGCUAAAGGUCAAAGUUACAACUGUAUUUUCAAAGAGUGCUCAAAGUUGAUUUCAUAGGAGAUAUUGGAAAAUUGAUUCAAAACAGUCUUAAAAUGAGUUCUAGUUGAUAUUGUCUGCAGAAUCUACUUAUUUGUUUACUGUUCCUUUUAGAGAAAUGGGAAAGGAUUUCAGUAAAAUGGAAAGGGACUUGAUAAUUAUUUUUGGUAUUUCUGAAACAGCCGAUAUUAUGUUCUUCAGGGGACAUACCAGCUUCUGUUAUUGUGCAAUUAAAACAAGUCUAAGUGAAAAUGAAUGCUAAUUGACACUAUAUUCAGAUUUUUACUCAUUUUAUGCUGCAAAAGCCUUAAUAUUACAACUUUGUUUCCUUUUAUAGCAUCUUAACGAGCUCGAGGCACCAUAAAAUCUGGAGGAAUUCUGCGGAUGAUGCAGCAUGAAAAAACAUGUUUUUUUUUCCUGAAUUUGAGAUGAGUAGAGUCACAAAAUCAUUUUUAUGUAUUUGAUAUGACUGCUUACCAUGUUUGAUUAUCCUGUCUCUUGUGUACCAUGUUUUUAUAGUGCAUUCUGUAUUUACAUAGAUAUUUUGUAGAGAUGCAUUUUUAUGUACAUUUUGUAAUUUUUUUACGACUUCAAGUGAUUGUAUUGUAGUGAUAGUUAGAUACAGUUAGUUUAUGAUAUGAUAGUAGAGAAAUAAGGUUCAGAUAGUAAUUGUAUUGUUUUAAAUUUUUGUUUUUAUUUAUGCAUAUUCAUUACACAUGCAUUCCAGACUGUGCUAAUACAUCCUAAUCAGAAAUAUACAUUCCUUUGAACAUGCAGUCAUACCUGUGCGAUAGACCUGCUGGAUGCUUCAUUUUCAGGUUUAAAUGUUUUUACAGUGUACAGUUACUGUAAGUACAUGUAACCUGUAAAGGCUGAUCACUACCAAAUCAAAUGUAAACUUGCGCUGGUAUAAAAGUAGUCCAAAUAUAAAUAGUCCCAAUCUUUCUUCUUUUCCUUGUGCCAUUUCUCAGUUGCAUUGUGUUUGCUUUUACUCUGCUGCAUUUCAGUAUGUAUGUGUAGCAUUCCGUCGACAUCGGCAUGUUCUUGUGGCAUGCUAGAUAAAAAUGGCGGCAUAGGAACUUUAAGUCUCGGAAAGAGACAUUGAAAGAAAUUCAGAGGGUUGUUUUAAAAACAUUACUAUGUACUUGGUGGACUUUAUAUGAAAUAAGGAACAGCCAGAUUUAGUGGUGCCUAAGUAAAGACAUAUUUUAGCGCUUCAAAACAUGGUCUUAAUGUACAGGUAUGACAAUUUUGAUCUCAAUUUUUUUAAAGUCACUGAUUUUUCUAUGCUGUUGCAUGUGAAAUACAAAGCAUGAUAGAAAAAUAAUACAUAUCAGUCAUGUGUAGUUUUUGAUUCUCUAUUCCAUUCAGUGUGUUGUGAUUAAUGUUGUGAUUGAUAGCUAGAGGGGGCUUCUUUGGGAGGUGUUAAGGUCACUGAAUUCCAGUCACUUACCUCAUGCUACUGUGGGUUCAUAACCUUGCUUUGGGCAUAUAUUUCUUUCAGCUGUCUUAUUGAAUGUCAGUUGUUCAAACAAGAUGCCCACAAUAUAUUGCCUGAAUUAAUACCCACAUGGGCACCUUGGGUGCUCCUCCACUGUCAGAAACUGUAAAGUCGCCGUAUGACCUAAAAUCAAGUGUUUGUGAUUUCAGCCCCAUCAAAGGCAUGCAUGAGUUAAUGCAUUAUGUUGUGUUUGCAGAAAAGGUUACAUGUUGUUCUGUUUAAAAUGGUAGUUUAUAGGAAAAUGCAUUUAUAGACAUGUAUACUUGUCUUUUACAAGAAGGGAGAUAAUCUUUGUGAAAACAACAGCUGGAUAUGUUGUGGGAGUAUAUGGCCAUGGUGUGCAUCAUCACUAAAACCUAAAAUCAAAAUUCUACAUUUAUACAGCUUUUUCUGUAUGUAUUUUUGGAUGACCAAAGAUAAUUAUGUGUUCAUUUUAAUAUGAUAACAUCAUUUGACAACCAUGUUAUGUUUGAGUUAGAGUCAUUAUAAAAUCAUUACAAACAGUUUAGCAUUACAAAAUGAGAAAUAGUCAAUAUCAAGAUUUAUUACAUUUGUUCAAUGUUUUAUUAAAAUAAACUGGUAGAUUAUAUUUGAAACUGUGACUGUUUCAAAUUUAGGGAUUUUCAUUUUAUAGUUUUCACUGUUAUGACUCUACAUUUUCAUAGUGGAAAAGAAGUUAAAUAAUUCUUUUAGAUUUUAAGCUUUGUAUUACAUUUUGAUAAGGUGGAGCACAUAUCUUUAUGUUCUGUAAUUAUUUAUUUACAUCUAUAUCUUUACUGAUUUUUAGCUCACGUGUUAUUGUGAUCGCUCAAUGUCCGGCGUCUGUCUGUCUGUCUGUGUUGUCUGUCAGCAUUUAGCUUGGGUAUGUGAUAGAGGCUGUAUUUUUCAAUUGAUCUUCAUGAAAUUUAGUCAGAAUGAUUGCCUUGAUGAAGUCUAGGCCAGGUUCGAAUAUGGGUCAUCUGGGGUCAAAAAGUAGGUCACAAGGUCAAAUCAAAGAAAACCUUGUGUACGCAAUAAAGACUGUUUCUUUUUCAAUUGAUCUUCAUGAAAUUUAGUCAGAAUGAUUGCCUUGAUGAAUUCUAGGUCAGUUUCGAAUAUGGGUCAUCUAGGUUCAAAAAGUAGGUCACUAGGUCAAAUCAAAGAAAAACCUUGUGUAUGCGAUAGAGGCUGUAUUUUUCAAUUGAUCUUCAUGAAAUUUGAUCAGAAUGAUCGCCUUGAUGAAAUCUAGGUCCAGUUUGAAUAUGGGUCAUCUGGGAUCAAAAAGUAGGUCACUAGGUCAAAUCAAAGAAAAACUUUGUGUAUGUGAUAGAGGGUGUAUUUUUAGCUCGACUAUUCGAAGAAUAGUCUAGCUAUUCUACUCACCCUGGCGUCGGCGUCGGCGUCACAACUUGGUUAAGUUUUUGCGUGCAAGUACAUACAGCUAUCAUUUAAAGGCAUAUAGCUUUGAAACUUAUUUAUUCUUUUUCUAGGUCAAUUACCAACCUCACUGGGUCAAGUUCCAUAACUCUAACAUGUAUUUUGAGCAAAUUAUGCCCCCUUUUGGACUUAGAAAAUUCUGGUUAAAGUUUUAUAUGCAAGUUACUAUCCCCAAAACUAAUGCAGAUAUUGAAUUGAAACUUCACAUGUGUCUUCGGGGUUUAUAAAACUAGUUGAUAGCACCAAGUCCCAUAACUCUGACAUGUAUUUUGGGCAAAUUAUGCCCCCUUUUGGACUUAGAAAAUCCUGGUUAAAGUUUUGCGUGCAAGUACAUACAGCUAUUACCAAAAGGCAUAUAGCUUUGAAACUUAUUUAUUCUUUUUCUAGGUCAGUUACCAACCUCACUGGGUCAAGUUCCAUAACUCUUAACAUGUAUUUUGAGCAAAUUAUGCCCCCUUUUGGACUUAGAAAAUUCUGGUUAAAGUUUUACAUGCAAGUUAAUAUCCCCAGAACUAAUGCAGAUAUUGAAUUGAAACUUAAAAUGUUUCUUCGGGGUAAUAAAACUAGUUGAUAGCAUCAAGUCCCAUAACUCUGACCUUCAUUUUGGUCAAAUUAUGUCCCCUUUCGAACUUAAAACUCUUUUGAUAUUUAACAUUUUGGGUAAUCAUUUCCUGCUUCUGUGACAAUAUUUCGAAUAGUCGAGCUUGGCUGUCUUACGGACAGCUCUUGUUCAAUUGAUCUUCAUGAAAUUUGGUCAGAAUGAUUGCCUUGAUGAAAUCUAGGUCCAGUUUGAAUAUGGGUCAUCUGGGAUCAAAAACUAGGUCACUAGGUUAUAUCAAAGAAAAUACUUGUUUAAACUUGAGACCACAUUUUUGGUCCAAUCCUAAUGAAAAUUGGCCAGAAUAUUUGUUUCCAUGAAAUCACUAGGUCAAACAUACUUACACUGUUAUGGUGUGUUUCUCAGGUGAGCGACCUAGGGCCAUCUUGGCCCUCUUGUUUAUAUUUUGGAAAGAAUUUCCUAUUUUUAUGCCCCCGAAGGGAGGCAUAUAGUUUUUGAACCGUCUGUCGGUGUGCCCGCAAUUUUCGUGUCUGGUCCAUAUCUUUGUCAUCCAUGGAUAGAUUUUCAAAUAACUUGGCAUGAAUGUGUACCACAGUAAGUCGACAUGUCGCGCGCAUGACCCAGGUCCGUAGCUCAAAGGUCAAGGUCACACUUAGACGUUAAAGGUCAUUUUUCAUGAUAGUGCAUUGAUGGGCGUGUCCGGUCCAUAUCUUUGUCAUCCAUGGAUGGAUUUUCAAGUAACUAUGCAUAAAUGUGUGGCACAGUAAGACGACGUGUUGCGCGCAAGACCCAGGUCUGUAGCUCAAAGGUCAAGGUCACACUUAGACGUUAAAGGUCAUAUUUCAUGAUAGUGCAUUGAUGGGCGUGUCCCGUCCAUAUCUUUGUCAUUCAUGCAUGGAUUUUAAAAUUAUUGGCCAUGAUGGUGUGUACCACAGUAAGACGAAGUGUCGCGCGCAAGACCCAGGUCUGUAGCUCAAAAGUCAAGGUCACACUUAGACGUUAAAGGUCAUAUUUCAUGAUAGUGCAAUGAUGGGCAUGUUCGGUCCAUAUCUUUGUCAUUCAUGCAUGGAUUUUAAAAUAACUAUGCAUGAAUGUGUGGCACAGUAAGACAACGUGUCACGCGCAAGACCCAGGUCCGUAGGUGAAAGGUCCUAAACUCUAACAUUGGCCAUAACUAUUCAUUCAAAGUACUAUGGGGGGCAUGUGUCAUCCUAUGGAGACAGCUCUUGUUUGUAUUAUUCAUAUUCUUUUGCAUUGCGACAUCAUGACUUUGAUGUGAUGUUGCCCUGUACAUUCGACAAAAAAUAAACAUUGAAAAAAAACAACAACAUGAAAUGAAAAGAAAAUUUUCUGGUAUUUGAAUCAAUCUAAGGUCAAAAUAUCUUUAAUUCUUGAACACCAGAUUUAAUAUGUUCACUCAUGGUCUUGCAAAAUUUUGAUGAAAGAUAUUUCAACUUACAGGGAAACAAACAAAUAUCCUCAAUAUCUUUACAAACAUUACCAACUUUGUCUUUUUUGCCAGAGACAAAUUUGGUUGUCUCAAACAUUUACUGAAAAGACACUUUUUUCAAAUGCUACAUAUAGAUAAUCUUUUUUGACUACGCCAAACAUUCCUGAGAUUAUAAUUUCAUAUUGCUUUGUUUAAUUAUAGGAAGGCUUUUCAUUUGUACUUUUGUAUUUGUCUUUCAAUGAAACAGACCUAUUUCAAUGUUUUUUACUUUCAUUUGAUGCUUUCAUUCCAGAUAUUUAGAUACAGUAUGUUUCCAUGUUGAUUUUUUUACUUAGUUUGACGCUUUCAUUGCCACUACUGUAGAUAGAUAGUUUUGGAAUCAGAAUAUUUUUAUGAUUUGAAAGUCACAAGUGUUGUACCCUCAUUAUCUCGGGUCUCAUAGCCAUUAAAUUUUAUGUCUUGUGAGAUAAUGUUGCUUUAGCUACUGUCUAACCAUAAAAAAUAUUUAUUUACCUAACUACAGUUGUUGAGUUGACAUUAUGUCACAUAAUAUUAUUAUGAUGUCACACAUCUGAUAAGAAAUUUGCACAAACAUGUUUACAUUAACAUAGUUUAAAAUGAGUGGGUGAUGAUAUAUUUUGCUGCUGUGUAGUAAAUUGGAAUCUGCUUUUGUAUCUAUAUUAGUAACAGUUACUAUGGUUUUGUGCCAAGGCAAUGAUUUAUUUUGUAAUCAUUUUUGCUUAGAUGACAAGUGAUAAUGAUUCAGUUUUGUGCAAUGCUAUUGCUUUAUAUACUUUGAAAUUGAUGUAAAGUGAAGAUAAUUUAAUUUUUAUUUAAUUCUUGCCUCGUUUUCAGGUUUUAUUUAUUUAGAUAUAUUUAUUUAGAGCUUUGAGCAUAAUCUAGUCUUUAUAUACAGUCUUAUUGUUAUAACAGUAACAAAUACUUUGGACUCUAAAGAUCAUGUCAAAAAUAUUUUUACAGUCCAUAGGUUAAGCUUAAAGGUCUAUAAUGACCAGGUACUAUUUUUCAGCUCACCUGAGCACGUGAAUCAGUUAUUUUGAUCACUCUCUGUCCGUUGUUCAUCCAACUGUGGCUCAUCUGUCCAGACUUUUCUUCGAACAACUUUCCUCUGAAACCAAUUUGUGAAAGUUGAUCAAACUUGGCAUGGACGUUCCUUGGAUGGUAUUCUACCAAAGAUUUUCAAAGAGUUUGAUUCCAUGCAGAGUUUUGUUUGAAAAAUGAAUUUUUUAAAAAAUUAUCUCCUCCUUGGGGGUUGGGGGUGGGGGUGUCACCUGUUCCUAAAACAAGCUUAUAGCAUUGUGUACAUGUACCAAAAAAUCAUGUACCCAUUUGAGUCAGGUGAGCGAUGCAGGCCAUCAUGGUUCUUUUUUAGCUCGACUAUUCAUAGAAUAGUAGAGCUGUUGGACUCGCCCAUGCGUCGGUGUCUGCAUCCCGGUUUGGUUAAGGGUUUUGUAUGUAAGCUGGUAUCUCAGUAACCAUUUGUGGGAAUGGAUUGAAACUAAACACACUUAUUUACUGUGAUAAACUGACUUACACUGCACAGGUUCCAUAACUCUAUUUCGCUUUUUUACAAAAUUAUGCCUCUUUUUCGACUUAAAAAUUUUUGGUUAAGGUUUUGUAUGUAAGCUGUUAUCUCAGUACUAACUAAUGGGAAUGGAUUGAAACUUGACACACUUGUUCACUGUCAUGAUCUAACAUAUACUGUGAAGGUCCCAUAACUGUACUUUGCAUUUUUACAGAAUUAUGCCCCUUUUUCGACUUAGGCAAAAGAGAUUAUUUUAUUGACUUAUGUUGAUUUUAUAAAAUUUAAAUGUGAUCAUGUAAUAAUUUUUUUAAAAAACAUGUAAUUUACCAUAGGCUCAGUGGCCCGCUAGUAAGUCCAUAGUCUGUUGUAAUAACAUUUGCCUUGUAGCUGUUGGCCAGUAGGUAUGGAUUAAGCUAAAGUACAGCUAAAUUGUGACAUAAUCUUUACACAGUAGUGUUUUCCUAUGCAUGCUAUACACUACACAAGGUUUAGUAUUAUUUUUAAAUACAGACAAACAUGUGUUUAGUAUCUAAUCAAGAGAGUGGCACAAUCUGGCUGCUUAAAGCAGGUGACUGUUUAAGACAAGGUGAAGUUACAAGAAAAAGUAAUUUUGAAAAGUUAGCUGACUGGCUGUUUAAGGCAAGUGGCUGUUCAAUACAGCAAUACAGGUGGUCACUGUGGCAGGUUCAGCUGUAAAUACUCCCUUGAUCUCUUACAGUUCCUGACAAACAAAAAUACUCCAACAACUUUAACAUGUCUCUUGUGUUUACAUUUAAAAUGAAUUAGAUAUUAAGAUAUGUCUUUGUAUUGUGUCUGAAAUUGAGAGUUAUAAAAUAAUAUAAUUAUAUAAUAUAUAGAAUAAAAUUGCCAAAAUACUUUAAAUGACAAUGUAUAUAACAUUGUUUUUAGUGGAAAAUAGAUCUGUAGUCAUUGUAGGUCGUACCUAGUAGAAAUAUGGUCCCAUAGAGUAGACUCAGGUUGUAAUAAUUUUAUCUAUUGUUUUUGUUAUAAGGUUUGUGAUACAUGAAUAAAGUCAUGGUACUAUAAAGUAUAA